CAGAAAACAAAACAUACAUAAUUGCUUUCCACACUACACAGCUACUUACUCAACUUAAACAACAGUUUUCAAGCACAUCAAAAAACAAGAUUUUAGGCUGCUGGGUUGGAAAUCACUUGGCAUGGAAGGUUGACAGUCUUUCAGACUGUGGUGUCAAAAUUUUCUUUGUUUUCUCCUGGGUUUCAUUCAUGUUGAAGAGAGGAAUAGGGAGUUAGAAGAAGAAAGGGGGAGAGUUGGUAGAUGGAAAACAUUUCUCAAACUAGAAGAUGCUACUGCACCUUCAGGCAGUUCCGUUCCUGUUGCAGGUACAGACCAAAUGACAUUCUGGAAAAACUUGAGCCCACACUAAUGUCUACUAGCCACGACGAUAACAACAAACAAACUCCACACAACGUGGGCAGGAGUGGGGUGGUUUGUUUCUCUAACGUGUCCAUCCUCUUCCAACAGUUUCUCCCAACCACACGACUGUCUCUACUCAGCGCGUCUCAUGCCCCCUACCGGAGAAAUCAAGUAUGUUUCAGAAUUAAAGGGCAGCAGAUGUUCCCAUUUCCCUGGAACUCUAUACUUGGGGAACCUGUUAAGGCAGAAGGCGCAAAGUUCAGCCUUGACUCAGAAGGGCUUCUUUUCUUGUCUUGAAAUCCUCUCUUGCACCCUCUGGGAUCCAGUGUCCAAAACGACUGCCAGGGCUCUUUUUCUUGGUCCGAAGAGAAAGGACUGGCCAGUCUAAAACGGAGGGACUUUGGGGGAAUGAAGAAUUUCAGCCCUGGGCUGCGGCCCGUUGGAGAUGAUGUCACCGCUUCUGCGAAGAGAGGGCUGGGGGUGGAGCGGCCGAGGGGGAGCCCGCGCCGCGCCUUCAGCUGCCAAGGGAGCGUUCUGAGCCCACGUCAGGGGAGGUGUCGGGAUAAAUAGGCUCCCGCAAUGGCCGUGGCUGGCUGCACUAGGAGCUGCCGGGUCCGGGACUGGAGCUGCCAGGGUGAGUUCGCGUCCCGGAGGCUGAGGGCUGGAGCAGCUGGUGCUCUGUGCUCCAGGCGGCUGAUAUCCCCGGCCAGCCCCAGUGGCCCCGCAUUGCUGCCGACGGGAGUUUGGGGAGUCCUGUGCCCUAAAGGACUUCCUCCUCGGAGAAGGGAGAGCGGAAGACUGGAGGGGUGGGAAGAGAAGGGCCCUUUCCGUCUGUCGGGGUCGCGGUUCAGGACAGUGCCAUGCUCCUCUCCAUCCUGGCCGCGUUGUGCCUGUGGCUGCGCUUGGCGCUGGGCGUGCGCGGCGCGCCGUGCGAGGCGGUGCGCAUCCCCAUGUGCAGGCAUAUGCCCUGGAACAUCACGCGGAUGCCCAACCACCUGCACCACAGCACGCAAGAGAACGCCAUCCUGGCCAUAGAACAGUACGAGGAGCUGGUGGACGUGAACUGCAGCGCGGUGCUGCGCUUUUUCCUCUGCGCCAUGUACGCGCCCAUCUGCACCCUGGAGUUCCUGCACGACCCCAUCAAGCCGUGCAAGUCCGUGUGCCAGCGCGCGCGCGACGACUGCGAGCCCCUCAUGAAGAUGUACAACCAUAGCUGGCCUGAGAGCCUGGCUUGCGACGACCUGCCUGUGUACGACCGCGGCGUGUGCAUCUCGCCGGAGGCCAUCGUCACUGACCUCCCAGAGGAUGCUAAGUGGAUUGACAUCACACCUGAUAUGAUGGUCCAGGAAAGGCCUCUUGACAUUGACUGCAAACGCCUAAGCCCCGACCGGUGCAAGUGCAAAAAGGUGAAGCCAACUCUGGCAACGUAUCUGAGCAAAAACUACAGUUAUGCCAUUCAUGCCAAAAUAAAAGCUGUGCAGAGAAGUGGCUGUAAUGAAGUAACGACAGUGGUGGAUGUGAAAGAGAUCUUCAAGUCCUCAUCACCUAUCCCUCGAACUCAAGUCCCACUCAUUACGAAUUCUUCCUGCCAGUGUCCUCACAUCUUGCCCCACCAGGACGUUCUCAUCAUGUGUUACGAGUGGCGCUCACGGAUGAUGCUUCUUGAAAAUUGUUUAGUUGAAAAAUGGAGAGAUCAACUUAGUAAAAGAUCCAUACAGUGGGAAGAGAGGCUACGCGAACAGCAGAGGACGAUCCAGGACAAGAAGCGAGCAGCCGGGCGCACCAGCCGUAGUAACCCUCCAAAACCAAAGGGAAAACCCCCUGCUCCCAAACCAGCCAGCCCCAAGAAGAACAUUAAGACUAGGAGUGCCCCAAAGAGAACAAAUCCAAAAAGAAUGUGAGCUAACUGCUUUCCAAAACGGAGACUUCCUCUCAGGAUGAAGCCAGGCGUUGCCCAGACAGCCUGUGGAAGGCACACAUCCCUUGCCUUAACGACUACAGUAUUCUUCAUAGACACAUCUUGCAGCAUUGUUCUUAAUGAUAUGCUUCAAUUUCUCUUUUUAAGCCACUACAAGCCAUAGUGGUAGGUAUUCCCUUUGGUACGGAAGGUGUAUGAAAGCUGGUCAAAAAAAGUUUAUCGUGUUCAGAGUGGCCUAUGUGCAUACUCUAUGAGAGCUCCAUGUGGGGAGAUAUACUUUGUUCUUACAAUUUGACCUAAUAUGUGCAUCAUUAAAUAAAUGUCAUAUUACAAAUAAAACACCUAAUUUUGUUUACAAUAUGUUGUAUUUCAGUAUGACUUCUGUUAGAAUCUUAGUGAUUUUUUAAAAUGUGAUUGAAAAUAUGCUUCUAAGGAGGAAAGCAAAAGUAAUGAAUGUUUAAAAGAUUUUUAUAUGUUUACUGUUUGCAGAAGAAUUUUUGUGAUGAAAGGGGACUUUUGAACAAUCUAGAAAAGUAGGAUAUGGAAAAUUGUACUGAGUUCUUUUUUACAGUGAAGACUUUCUGCUCUGUUUUUAGCUAGAAACUCUAAAAUUAAAUAAUAAUAAUGAUAAAUAAAUAAAAGGGUAAG